AUGAGGGGAGGUGGUGAUGAGACGCUAUUUUCCCCGCUUGGCCUUCGUGGUUGUGCCCGUAUACCCAUGGUACUCCAUGUACUAUGGGUCUUCCUUCUCUCUGAAAGCACCUUGACAGGAGCACUCGUACCUUCCAAUGGUGCUUGUGCCCUGAACGUCCUGCUUCCUUUCUCUGUCAACUUGGAUAGAACGGGAGUCAUGCCACCCGUGAGUACAGGUAUCUUUACUAGAUCCCUCCAAUACAGCAUGGGAUACAAUCACUUGGCGGCUGCUCUCAUGGCCAUGGAAGAUUUCAACGCGAGAAACGGCCGUAUUACUCCCGAACUGGAAACCCUGACGGAUUGCCCUGUGCAUUUCAAUAUCAAUGGCACCAUGUUUCUCGACACGGGAGUCAUGGGACAUUUGGGAAACCGAUUGGUAGUGGGGUUGUCUCGACUGGGUUUCGCAAAUCCCUGUGCAUUGGCGGGACCCUACUUUGACCUUCCCGCACAAAAUAUUGCUACGAUAGCCGCGGCUGCUCAGGUGCCGCACAUCCCCUCUCGUGGUUACAAUGUUCGCUUGGCCUUGGCGACUACUGCUCCCAUGACAACCAACAUUAGUCCAGAUAUUAUUGGAAUAGCACAGGCCGGUGUUUCCUUGUUGAAGAGAAUCAAACGCGACAAUUAUAUUGCUUACAUGCAUCCCAUCACGGACUUUGGAGUGCAGGCAGCACAAUCCUUUGGAGUUAUCCUCAACAAUUAUAAUAUUGAACACUGGGAGUUGUUUGGGUACUUGUCGCCCUUCUUUUCCGACGAAGACCUAGAACGAUCCAUAUCCGAUCAAAUGGAGCGGGUCCGAAAACGUGGAUUUCGAACUAUACUAAUCUCCUUGGAUGCCUACAUUUUGGAACUCCCAGAAAUUGCUGAUGCCGCUGCAGAGCUAGGAAUGCUCAAUGGAGAUUACGUCUGGAUCCUUCUCCCGUCGCUGGAAACACAGGCAAUUCACAACCUCAUUCGAUUCUCCGAACGAUUGACAAACCUUCCGUCUUAUGAAAACGUGGUCAAAUUUCUCCGCGGUGCUACCCUCAUUCUGGAAGUCGAGGGCUUUCAUUAUUUGGGCAAUGAAGAUCCCUUUUUGCGGGCAUGGAAAAAUCAAACUGCAGAUUUUGUAGACCGAGUCAAUCAAGCCUACACACUCAACACUCUACAAGCAAUCGAAAAGGAUCCCCUUAUUGGUUCGGCCUAUUUUCAAACGUAUGGCCCAGAAUCUGGAGCCGCGAGAUUAUACGAUGCCAUCCAAGCGAUUGGGCUGGGGGCUUGCAAGGCGCGAAAACAAUCGGAAACGGACAGUGUCAAUAGCACGUUGCAUUUGGACGCUAUUCGAAAGCUAGAUUUCACGGGGGCAUCGGGACACGUAAAGUUCGGGGACCCAGCAAAUAAAAAAGCACAAGUACGGUACCCGGCUACCAACGUGUACGGAAUAUAUAAUUUGUAUCCACCGUCCGGAGACGCGACAAUUCCCGAUCCAGACAAAUACUCGAGCUUUGAAGAAGCCUUUGUGCUGACGGAAAUCGUCACGGGUCUAAUGGGUCCCUAUGAAACCUACGAAGGAAAUUGGACCAAGGUUGGGCCCGCCCUUCGUUACGCCAGCGGACGCACAGAACCACCACAUCUGCUUCGGGAUGUACCGGAACAAAAUUACCUGCCCCAGCAACUGCGCAUUGUUGGAUUCACGCUUAUGAGCAUUUGCCUAUUUGCUUGUGCCGUCUCGCUGGCGUUUGUGGCUGUGAAUCGCUCGCAUCGAAUUGUGAGAGCAUCCCAGCCAGGCUUCCUAUGUUUGGUGCUGAUUGGUGCGGCUACCUCAUCGCUCGCCAUUUGUACUGUGUCAUGGGACGAAAGUUAUGGUUGGGACGAGGCAGCAUUGAGCAGUGCUUGCGUGGCAACUCCAUGGUUGUUUUGUAUGGGCCACAUCAUCACCUAUGGUGCUCUGGGAUGCAAGCUUUGGAGAGUGAAUAAAGUCCUCCAAUUCACUCGACGGAAGAUCAACGCCAGUGCCGUCAUAGGGCCCAUGGUCGCGCUGCUUUGUGCAACCAUCGUAGUCCUUGCUGCGUGGACGAUUCAUGACCCGUUGGCUUGGCAGCGAGAUGAAGUGGACAAAUAUUCGGGCGAAAGCAUUGGUCAAUGCGACUCUGAUUCGAUGUGGAUAUAUGUGCCACUGCUUAUGAUCGUGAUGUCCAUACCGACGCUCCUGACGUGCGUCAUGGCUUGGAAAACAAAGGACGUGGACGAAACUUUCACGGAAUCUUCUUGGAUCUUUAUCCUCAUCGUUGUCCAGAUCCAAGUGAUCAUGGUAUCAAUUCCGUUGGUUGUCAUCCUCAGAGGCAUCUCAACCGAAGGUCGAUACAUGGGUUUGAUCUUGCUGAUUUGGACUUUUCCAGCUUCAACAGUUACUUUCAUCAUGUAUCCAAAGUAUCAGGCUUACUACAACGACACCAUCGCUGUCAAUACGAGAAACAGUGGCGUGAAGAGCAGCACUCGCGGGGCUUCACAGGGCGUGCAGAUUUCGGGCAUCUCCGGGGUCUCAAAUGUCAGCAAAGUCAGCUCGGAAUUGGAGUCUGCCUUCCUGGGGGACAGGUCGAGCAAGGGAGAAAGAGACAGGAUGGUUCGGUUCUCAGGCGUUUCGGAGGCAUCCGCGGAUGUCGCGGAUGCUCGGUUUGGCAGAACGUCAAUAAUGGAGGAAACAUCUGCCGACUUUGAGGAGGAAUGCGUCUCCGAAAAACACGACAACGAUGUCAAUGCAAAGGCUGCCGUUGCCACAGAGGGAGAUUGUGCCAAUGACUCAAGCUGUAAUGGUGACUCCCCUGCCGAACAAUUGCCUGAAAAGGACAUCGUUGAAUGUGCCCCGCAAGAAGCCGGAAUCAGGAAGGAGAAGCAGCCCAGAGUUGCUGUGGAGACAACUGACGAGCUCGAUUCGUCUCGAGAACCCGCCACGCAGGAACACGAUGUUAGUGCUAGAGUGGAUGAGGGAUUUUCGGAUGAAAACGAUGACUCGGUUGAUUGCUCGAAUAUGAAAGCCGACGCCAUCGAGGAGGAUACUGCAGAAGACGCAGACCUUGCUGACCCCACAAGAGACGCAAUGUGA